AUGCCUUUGAAGCCUGUAAUUGAGGUCUCCCAACCCAACCAUACGGUAAUGUGGGCGGGCCUGGCGAGAGGGUUCCAAUACGGCAAUACCGGGAGAAGAGAUAUUGAGAUAUGUGCCUGCUCUGUGAAUUUCUCUCUUCUACAUUUCAAGCAUGAGCUGCUUCCACGACAAUAUCAAUCAAAAUCAUUAGUAGCUAACAGGGCUAUGAAUGAAAAAAUGACAGGGGUUGUUGUUUGCAUGAUUGUGCUAUUCAACACGGAAGAUUACUUCCCUUACCUCUUCACCAACAGUAUUGCUGUUGCCGAAGAAACUACCAAGCUAGCUAUGUUGUUGGGGUUUACUGUACUCUUAAACAGCCUCCAACCGGUCUUAUCUGGUGUUGCUGUUGGAGCUGGAUGGCAAUCUCUUGUUGCAUACAUCAAUACUGGGUGUUACUAUAUUGUUGGAUUACCGGCUGGCAUACUCCUUGGGUUCACAUUUGGUUCUGGGGUUAUUGUAACUUUACUGUGCCUAUUCUCCCAAGCAAAUCUGAAUCAGAAGUGUUCUCAUAUGCAGGCUGAAGAAGCAGAGAGCCGUGUCAAGAGAUGGGGAGGAUUAACUGGAGGGCAUUGA